UUUCAGUAGAAUAUAUUUUGCGAAACUGGGAAACAUAAAAUGAACACAAUCUACUAUACAUUUUUUCUACUUGCUGUGUUGGCCAGGUUCACAAAUGCUAGUGAGGACGUAUGUAAACAAGUCACAACUUUUGAUGCAGUUUGUAACAAAGAUGGCAUACUAUACAUAUUGUCUGCUAACCCAUGUUACAAUGCGACAGCCAUAGGAGUAACAAUCAUCGAUAUAAAAAACAAGACUUCAUUUCAUGCUGUAACGUUGUCAGAUAUUGAAAAACCAAUUCCAAUAAAUAGUCGUCCAGGUAUGGGUGUUAUUGUGGAAAUGCAUAAAAAACCAGCAAUACAUCCGCACGACUAUAGGAAAGCACAGUUACAUGUAAUGAUGUACUUGGUUGAUAUUGAAAAGUACAGAAAUAACUCAUCUACAGAAACGUUACUUCUUGAACCAUAUUUUUACAUGUUUUAUGAUCAAUGCAAUGAACCACAUCAAGGCAGAGAUAUUAAUACUGGUUUCAAGCCGCAACCUAUCUGCAAUGAUUCUAUUCGUACUGGCGAAUUCUCAACGUUAUGUUGGAUGAAGAAAAGCAAUGGAAAACUAGAAGGGGGUGUAUAUAUAAUUCUCUUCGACGCAUGCGCUGUCCCGUACGCUACAAAUGUGCUUGUAUUUCCAGACACGAGCGAUGAAUUGCUCAAGGUGUAUACAUCUAAUAAAACAGACAAAUAUGUAGGUAAGAAAAACGGUAAUUGUGGACUGCAAAUGGAAAUGAGUUCUCUUGAUGAUCCAGAGAAUUACAAUGUCAAGCUCUAUUAUAACUGCACAUCAGGAGAUGAGUAUGCAUUGAUGAUAAACGAUACAUUUUUUAAUGAACUUGGAAUGAUAUGUCCAUUGGCGAAUUGCACCACCGGUGAUGUAAAUUCUUUGUCACAAUCAUGUUAUGUCCCAUGGAUUUAUGGUGAAGAUGAAUUUGAGUUAUUAGACAUUCGAACAGUGCAUAUGAAUGUGACUUUAGACAUUUGCAAAUCCAAUGUUGAAGUUUUGUUUACUGCGUAUAUGUUGAACAGUUCUUAUGAAUUUCCAUACACUGUGGUGGAGACAUUAAGAGCUGAUCACGAAGAUGAUUGGCAUGAUAGUGAAAAUGCUGUGAUACUCCGUCUUACUAAACCACCAGGUACAUUUGGUACCCCAAUUCCUACUAAUAGAGAUGGAUAUUUAUACCUGGAUAGUGGUACAAUUAGUUUGUAUGUGCAUGAAGAGGAAGAUAUUGGAAUGGUUCAUAUUGUGCUGUUACGUCAUUAUCCUACUCAUUCGGAUGCGUUUCCUCUGUUACAUACAGAAUUUUGGGUCACAAGAGAGAACGUUUGCACAAAGGAGACAGAUUCACAUAAAUCUUUAAAAAUUGGAUUAUCUGUAAUGGUGGUAGUUCUUGUUGUGCUAUUACUUGGUGUAUGCUACAUGUGUCGUAAGCGAAAACAAAGAAAAAGGGGUUUAGGAUUGCCAUCUGAAAUUCAUUUAGGUGAACAAGAACUCGACGAUGUACAUUAUUAAACUGAGUUCGAAUGAGUGAAUAUACGAAGGUUACUGCGAUGACGUAACACAGAAGUUCGCAAUGUUGGGAGUUUGAUAGCAGAGUUGUGAAACAGCGCUUAAAACACUGAUAUUUUUUUACCCAUGUUUUGCUGGCGCCUGAUGUAUUUACUGUAUUGUUAUAUAUUGUGUUGUGUUUUUGCUUAUAAGAUUUCAUGCAUAAACUGCGCAUCUCUGACUAUUUUAGGUCGUUUUUUCUACGUUUCUAAAAAAUACCAUUACUCGUUUCCUAAAUAUUAUAGUUUUUGAAACAAAAUAACGGGUCUAAACACAUCAAAAGGGAUCUGUGUCAAUUUUGAAGUAAAUCAGAAAAGCUCAAAAAAUGCAAAAACGUCGUAGGUCGGUUGUUCGUCGUUUUUUCACAGAAACAAAUAAUUCGGGUAAGGUGUAUCGGUAAGUUCAUUAGCAGGAACUAAUGACUUUCGAACACUCUCUUUGCCCUGUUUGCUUUUCCUUCUCGUUGUUUGCUUUGCAUACGUUCUGAAAAACAUAGAUUUUCGUGCAGAUUGCCACAUGAAGUCAUUGAUAGCCUAACUUUGUUGAUGUAAAGGUUUCUUAUCUGUUAUCGAAUUGUGUUUAUAUAAAAUUUCAUCUGUUAAAGUCGAGUAUAUUAAUUUUUUAUUUAUAUCUAUUAUAUUAUAUUAAUCUUUCUUAUAUAAUUAUACCCUUUUACUGUAAAGACUCGAUUAAGCGCCCUGGGUGGCUUAUUUAAUAUUUUGCUUUUCAGGGAAGGUGCUUACCCAGAAGUUUUUUAAAGGUUUUUUGUUGCCUAAUUGGACAAUCUGUACUUACUACUGAAUAUUGAGUAAGCGCCUCUUUCUUAAAAAUAGCAGGGCGCUUGUUCAAGGAGGGUGCUUGUUCAAGAAGGACGCUCAUUUAAGGAGGGCGCUUGUUCAAGGAGGGCGCUUGUUCAAGGAGGGCGCUUGUUUAAGAAGAGCGCUCAUUCAAGGAGGGCGCUUGUUCAAGAAGGGCGCUCGUUAAGUUGUUAAGCGUUAUAGGGGCUUUCGAUAGGGGGAGUGGAUGCGCUAAUCAAAUUAAACCCGUGAACAAGUUUUCUGGCGGUAGCCUUUUUCUUCUAUCUCGAAUCAAAAAAACACUACAAUAAAAAUCUUUUUGAAUGUAGAAAAAUUAUAUCCAAUUUAUAAAUGUCAGAUAAUCCUUUGCUAAUUGUAAAUUGUUAUUUUUAUAAUUUUGAACAUAUCGUUAGUAUAAUUUUAAUAUAGCUACUUAUUCGCCAAACAAGGCCUUUUUUGUAUGUUUAAGAAUUUAUGGAAAUUACUGCUACAGGAGCUGUUGUAAGCCUGGAGACGUAAGAAUUCGAGUCGUAUCUUUUCAAUUUCGGGAGAAUUUCAAAAUCCUUUAAAUCUUGCUUUUUUUCCUCACAAACGUCUGAAAAUGCACUU